CCGGAAGCACGAUCCUUCGCGGCCACCGUGCCUGGAAGACCACUUCGCCGGACGGGUGGGACGUCUUGGAAAUCUUCCGGAAGCACGAGAACACAACGGUGGUCACUUGCACUCGGCGAGCCAGUGCCUACAUCAACGAGCUCGCCGGCAAGCUCUUCUUCGAAGAUCGUCACAAGCACCCCUUGGCGGAAGUGCCGCUCGACUUCGAGUCGAACCAAGAGAACUUUGCGGCCGGAGGGACCUUGAAGGAGGGGCCGCUCUUGCCAGCAAAGCUUCACAUUUACGCCGGCAUGAAAGUCUUCCUCACCAAGAACUUGUCCAAAGAGGACGACUUCGUCAACGGCAUGGCCGCCACGAUCGAGGCGUUCGACCCGCAGAGCCGCUGCAUGGAAGUCACCACCCGCACCGGGAAACGUCUGGCCGUCCAUUUGGUGACGCACGAGCUGGACGAUGGCCGCCGGGUGACCUGCUACCCCGUCCGGCUUGGGUAUGCGUGCACGGUGCCGAAGGUGCAGGGCAUGACCCUGGAGCAUAUAACCCUUUGGCUGGACGUGCCUGGGUGCAGGGCCGCCGCCUACGUGGCGCUCUCGCGGGUGCGCCGCGACGAGGACUACUUGAUUGCGGGCGUCGUCGGCACUGGCCACUUCAUCCCG